CACUUUCCCCUGCAGUCUCAGUCAUUCUGGUUGCUUGUAAGAGAGUGGAUAUGAAAAUGGGAGUGCUUUGCUGUACAUCCAUGCAGCUCUUGCUGGUUACACUGGCCACUCUGGCUGGGAUCUGUCUGGGAGGGUCCGAUGGUCCCCGUGGGGUGGCUCUGCCUUUUGUCUUUGACCCCAAAGCAACGUGUGACCCACCUUGUAAACAUGCUGGCAUCUGCAUCCGAAACAACACCUGCUUCUGCACUAGAGGAUAUGAGGGAGAGACCUGCCAACAUGCAAACUGUUAUCCAAAGUGUAAAAAUGGCGGAGAGUGUCUUCGACCUGGAAAAUGCAGAUGCCCUGCAGAAUUUGGAGGGAAAUAUUGCCAUAAAGUGGUGUGUGAUGGUGGCUGCUGGAACGGUGGCGAGUGCACUGCUGUAAAUGGAGAGGCAAAAUGCAUCUGUCCCUCAAGCUGGGCUGGCUCCAGAUGCCAAGACGCGAUCUGUCCACAGGGAUGCAGGAAUGGUGGCAGCUGUGUGGCUCCUGGAAUCUGCAGCUGUCCAGAUGGAUGGAUAGGUGGAGCCUGCCAUACAGCUGUGUGUAAAAAAACAUGCCAGAACGGGGGGAAGUGUGUGUCACCUAACAUCUGUCACUGUCGAGCUUCGUUCUCAGGCCCGCAGUGUGAGGAGAGGAGAAUGCUCUACUGAUGAGCUGACCUCACUGAUGACUCUUCAAAGUGGUACUAAAGUUUCAUGUUUAUUAGCGGAACCUCACUGAGCAUGUGUUUUUUUACAUUAAAAUUGUACACGGAUUGACUUUAUGACAUUUUGUGUCAUUUAAGUACUGUAGUAUGUUUAGAAAACUGUUAUAUUUCAAUGUUUUAAAAAUUACACCAAUGUAAAAAAAUAAAAUACUAUAAAAAAAAUAAAAUAAAAAUUAU